AUGGACCCUAAAAGAGUUAAGGAAGAAGUGGUGGACUUCGCCCGUUUUAAAUGGCCGUUGCUGUUCUCCAGGUUCUACGAAGCGUUUAAGUUUUCAGCUGGCGAUGACUCCGGUUUCCUCAGUUUCCUGAAAGGAGAUUUGCUGAUUCUGGACCAGGACACAGGAGAAAAUGUGAUGAAUUCUGGCUGGGCCAAUGGCAUCAACGAACGGACCAAGCAGAAAGGAGACUUCCCAACCGAUUCGGUCUAUGUCCUGCCCACGAUGACCACGCCUCCUCCGGACAUCGUGGAAGCCAACGGAGGCAAACUCCAGGGACAGAGUUUCACCUUGGCGACCAUCAAAGGCGACGAGUACACCUUCACAUCCAACAACGCAGAGGACAUCCGUGACCUGGUGGUCACCUUCUUGGAAGGGCUGAGAAGACGAUCGAAAUACGUGGUCACCCUGCAAGACAACCCAAAUCCAGCAACAAUGGACAAAGGAGGAAAUCCUAGAGCAGUGAUGGCUAACCUUUUUGGCAGCGAGUGUCGAAAGCAUGCACAUGUUCCAUCUUUUUGCAAUGACGUUGAUGACAUUGACUGCAGGUUUGAGGAUCUGCCACAGAAACAUUGCUUAGAAUAUAAUUACGACUAUGAAAAUGGCUUUGCAAUUGGUCCUGGUGGCUGGGGUGCCAUAAAUCGGCUGGAUUACUCUUACGAUGAUUUUGUUGAAGUAGAUUCUGAAGAGCAACUACCUAAAUUACCAUCUGAUUCUGUGGAUGUGGCAAACUCCCGGGUCAAAAGACACAAAAAAAUAAAUACGCCCAUGUCAGACCACAAAAUAAAGUUAAUUUUUAAUAUCACUGCUACUGUACCACUGCCUGACAAACGCAAUGAUUCUCUGGAAGCAGAAAACCAGCAGCGCCUGCUAAAAACACUAGAGAGGAUCACAAAUAGAUUGAAAAGAACUCUCAACAAGCAUCCCAUGUAUUCUUUUCAGUUGUCUUCUGAGUUGCUUAUAGCUGACAUCAAUUCUCUAGAAGCUGAAAAAGCUUUUCUUUUCUGCAAACCGGGCUCUGUUCUACGGGGGCGAAUGUGUGUUAACUGUCCUUUGGGUACUUACUAUUCUCUGGAACAUCAUGCAUGUGAAAGUUGCUGGAUCGGAUCAUAUCAAGAUGAGGAAGGACAGCUAGAAUGUAAAAAUUGUCCAUCUAACACUUAUACUGAAUAUCUCCAUUCCAGAAGCAUGUCAGAAUGCAAAGCUCAGUGCAAGCCGGGAACCUCUUCUCCAAAUGGCCUUGAGAUCUGUGAAUCAUGUCCCUUUGGCAAAUAUCAGCCCACCACUGGAUCUAAGAACUGCCUUUCUUGUCCAGAAAAUAUGUCAACAGUCAAAAGAGGAGCUGUGGAUAUAUCAGCAUGUGGAGGGACUAUUACCAACCUGAUCCAGGAAAGUCCUAUUGCUUAUCUUGCCCAUUUUAUGGAACAACGACAAUCAUUGGAGCCAGAUCUAUAG